AUGGCUAAACGCUUGGGUGGGAAAAAGCAAUGAAAAUUGAAGAAUCUCUCUCUUUCUGGUACAUGCCUGUGCGUCAAUGCCAUCCUGGGAUGCCAUUAUCUUAUCUGAGUUUCUCAGGCUUAGCUCAGCUCAACACUUCCACUGUCACAAACCCAUCUCAAGAUUACUACUACAGAAAGAAAACCACUCUCCAAUUUCUCUGCUUUUAAUCUGAAAGAAUAUAUUCUUCUUCUGCUUUUCAUUUCUACCAACGGACACCAGCCUUUCAUUCAUUCUUUGCACCUUCACAAAAGGAAAGUCGAUUGAUCAAGAUAUGGAGACAGCUGUUCUUGAUAGUAUAAUUAAGAGGCUUCUUGAAGUUAGAACAAAACCAGGGAAGCAAGUUCAGUUAUCUGAUGGUGAAAUCAGGCAACUUUGUUUUGUCUCCAGGGGUAUUUUCCUGAGGCAGCCCAAUCUUUUAGAGCUUGAAGCUCCCCUCAAGAUUUGUGGAGAUAUCCAUGGGCAGUACAUCGAUCUUCUGAGGCUUUUUGAAUAUGGUGGCUUUCCUCCUUGUUCGAAUUACCUAUUCUUGGGCGAUUAUGUAGACCGUGGGAAGCAAAGCCUGGAAACAAUUUGCCUGCUCCUUGCAUAUAAAAUCAAAUAUCCUGAAAACUUCUUCCUUCUGAGAGGCAACCAUGAAUGUGCUUCAAUAAAUCGUAUUUAUGGAUUUUAUGAUGAGUGUAAACGGAGAUUUAAUGUCAGACUAUGGAAAGUAUUCACAGAUUGUUUCAAUUGCCUACCUGUGGCAGCUCUUAUUGAUGAAAAGAUACUCUGCAUGCAUGGUGGACUUUCUCCCGACUUGCAUAGGUUGGAUCAGAUAAGAAAUUUACCACGGCCUACUGAGGUUCCAGAAAGUGGUUUGCUAUGUGAUCUCCUGUGGUCUGAUCCUAGUAAAGACACUAAAGGAUGGGGGCCAAAUGAUAGAGGAGUUUCCUAUACCUUUGGUGCUGAUAGGGUGACAGAGUUUCUUCAGAAGCAUGAUCUUGAUUUAAUUUGUCGUGCCCACCAGGUUGUGGAAGAUGGAUAUGAAUUUUUCGCAAAUAGACAGCUGGUAACCAUAUUUUCAGCUCCUAAUUACUGUGGAGAAUUUGAUAACGCUGGUGGCAUGAUGAGUGUGGAUGAGACUCUAAUGUGUUCUUUUCAAAUAUUAAAGCCCCAAGAUAAGAAGCCAAAGUUCAGUUUUGGGAGCACAGCCACAGCUAAGUCUGGUGCUCCAAUAAAAGUGAAGUCAUUUCUUGGUGCAAAAGUAUGAAAAACUCAACUGGUGGAAAUAUCAGAAGGCCAGAAAAUUAGAUCAUUGGUAUAUGGAAUAUUGCCAAAGUAAUCAUCUAAAAAGUCUGGGUUCCGAGAGUUUUGUUCCCACGAAAGGAAGUAUAUGCAUUGGCAGCUUCACUCAGUCCAGCUAAGGAGAACCAAAGAAAUUACUCUGCCACCAAAAUUUUGAAUGCUAUAAUCUUUUUGCUUUACUCUUCUUAUGUACUUUAUAAUGCAGCUCACUCAUAACUCUGUUGUCUCUCACUCUUAUUUCCUUCAAAGUUUUUCAUCAGCUUCUUCGCUGAUGCUCUUGUAUCAUAGUCAGUUAAUCGCAACAGAAUCUCAGAUGGUUGGCUUGACAAUCCUGGUGGAAUGCAAUUUCCUUGCUGUAACUUCAUAAACGGGAUUAGUGUGUUGUGUCUCUCAUUUAUAGAACAUCGUUGUAACCAUGGUGAAUCAUUUCCAGAUUUUAAUAGUUAGAAUAUAAGCUGAGUUGAAUGA